AUGAUGGGAAAAGCUUCAUCAUCCGAUGCUAUGACACUGGUUUUAGUUGGAAAAACUGGAAAUGGUAAGAGUGCAUUAGGAAAUAGUAUUCUUGGAAGAACAAUCUUCAAAUCAAAGAGAAGUUCUUCCGGUGUAACGCGUAUUUGUGAAUUGCAAAGGACUAUUAUAAAAGAUGGUCCAAUUGUUAAUGUUAUUGAUACUCCAGGACUUUACGAUGGAACUCAUUCUGCUGGAAAAGAAAUAGUGAAAUGUAUAGAUAUGGCUAAAGAAGGAAUUCAUGCUGUUCUUAUGGUAUACUCGAUCAAAAAUCGUUUCUCUGAAGAGGAAUAUGCUACUUUUCUCGCCCUACAAGCACUGUUUGGACACAAAAUCGUUGAUUACAUGAUUGUUGUGUUCACCGGAGGGGAUGAACUCGAAGAAAAUGAGGAGACACUUGAAGAUUAUAUAGGUCACGAUUGUCCACAGCCUCUUAAGGAUAUUUUAGCCUUGUGUGGCAAUCGUAAAGUGCUAUUUGAUAACAAGACCAAAGAAAAAGAAAAGAAAUUAGGACAAGUUCAAGAACUCCUCAAACUUGUGGACAUGGUUAUAUCAUAUAAUGAUGGAAAACCCUUCACAAAUGAGUUAUUCAUGGAGUUGAAGGAGAAAGCAAAGAUGAGGGAUACCCACCAGAAAGCUGUUGAGUCCCUUCAAGGAUAUUCAAAAGCAGAAAUGGCGGGGAUUAAAAUGCACAUGCAACAACAAUACGAUGAUGACCUAAAACGAAUGACUAAUAUGGUGGAAUCAAAGUUGAGGGAAGAAACUACAAAUCUUUUGAAAAAAUUGGAAGAAGAGAGAGUUGCUAGACUUAAGGCUGAAGAAGAUUAUAAGUUAAUUCAAAUUCAAUCAUGCAGUGAAAUUGAGAGACUCAAACAAAGAGUGGAGUCCAAGUUGAGGGAAGAAACUGCAAAUCUUUUGAAAAAAUUGGAAGAAGAGAGAGUUUGUAGAGUUAAGGCUGAAGAGAAUUAUGAGUUGAUUCAAAUUCAAUCAAAUAGUGAAAUUGAGAGACUGAAGCGACAAGUGGAGGAGGCAAAUGGAAGAAGAAACCCUAGGCUUCCUUUUCCCUUUAACAUAUUGGUUCCUUUUGUGAGACCAAUUCCACCUCCUUGUCCCAUUCUUUGA